AUGGAUUACACAUUCGGAGACUGCAAUCGACACAACAAAUGCUUAUAUAACGAAUUAAAUAUACAAAUUGGUUUUGAAGAAUCUAUUAAAAUGAGACGGGAUGUCAAGGAAUUUGAAGUAAAUAUGAAAGACAAACUGUCCAUUCUACAUCCGUAUCUGGAGACAAUAUGCACAGGAAGUGUUGCAGAGGGAUUUCGACACGGAAAGACAGACCGUGAUUACAUGAAGGUGCUCAAAGAUGUAACUGUUCUUGAUUCAAGUGUGGAAAUGCUAUAUGAUAAGGGGCGAAAGAAUUCAGAGAGAAAGUUAAAUCUCGUAAUCAGUAAAGAUUCUGAUUACUGGAAAGAAGGAUAUGUUUUGUUGAAGUUCCGAAGCGAUGGUGUGGAUACCUCUCAAAAGCAUGUGCAAUGCAUCAAGUCUGCUUUACUGCGCAAUUAUGUUUCUAGCCACAAAUUUAAGGAAUGGUGGGUUAAAGAAUGCAUAGAUGUAGAUCCGAACAUUCAUUUUUUUGUACAUGGUCCAUGCAUUUCCUUAACUGGCGUGUCAUCUGAUCACGAUAUGGCGUUUUCAUUGGAGUGUCCAUUUUGGCCACCACAAGCAAAGGAAUGGAUCGACAGAUCACGACUUUGGCCAUCAAAAGAAAUGGUGCGAGAAAUAACACUGGAUGGUUGUCACCUGGUCCCUUUAGGUCCAGUGAAAGACGUAACUGACGAUUUAUUUUGGAGACUGUCCUUCAAUAGAGCAGAGAAGAAAUUGGUGUUUGCUUUCAAUCAAACACAAUUUUUAUGUUAUGGUCUUCUGAAAAUCAUCCUUAAAGAAUGCAUUGAAAAAAUGGAUUCUUACCCAGAAAACACUCUCUGUUCGUAUUUCAUAAAGACUUUGACAUUUUGGAUAAUUCAGGAUACAGUCCCUGAACUUUGGCGCCCAGAAAACAUAGUGAUUUGUUGUUUGAUGUGUUUGUUACGGCUAACCUGUUGGAUAAAAAACGAAAGGUGUCCCAACUUUUUCAUUCCAGAGAGAAAUAUGUUUCAAUCAAAAGUGUAUGGCCUAGCAAAGAAUCAGCUGCUGAAAACAUUCAAAGGCGUUUUCAGAAUGGGUUUAUGGAACUGUCUAGCUAAAUGCGGGAGACGCUUUUACAUCAUGACUCAUCACAAAGAUACGACUAUGCCAUUUCUAAAACCGUAUUUUGUUGACCAGUCCUACUUAAGAGAAUUCAGAGUACUGUCAUCAUCUUUUCUCACGGAAGACUUGUGCCAUUUUGAUAAAAUGGAGGAAUCAAAAAAUCAAACAAACUUGUCUGAGGUAGAAAUCCAAUUUGUCACCUGUCAGCGUUUAUCAAUGUAUCAAAGACAAGCAGUAAAAGCUUCGUCUCACGAAGAACAAAUCAAAUUCUUUACCAAGGCAAAAGAGCUGGAUUUAACCAGAGGUUCAUUGAUGUUGGCUACAUGUUUGUAUGGUAUCAAACAAUACUCAAAUGUCAUUGAACUCAUAGAUGAAACCAAAAUGAAAUUUGGGAAAUUCACUUUCUUUGCGGGUAUCAAUAAUGCUGACGUGUUGAACUUUGACGAAGUACUACUUCAGUAUGCAUUUUCAGUUACACCUCUGAGACAUUCUCUACAAGAGAAACGCGAGAUGCUGCUGGCCAUGGAUAUGAUCAUCCAAAAGGAGACAGAUGUUUUCACGAAAACACCCAACAGAAAAAAUAUCCCGGACAAAAUUCAAUUUGAUAUGUUGUUUCAAAGAACAUCGAUGGUUAUUCAUCCGCUUGUAUACUUAUACUUUCUGGAAUUUUUGUGUCACAAGCACCUUGGUCGAAGCAAAGAUGCCAUAAUGGCACUUGGACAUCUAGAAGCGACUGUGUUUAAUGUCUGUAAGCAUGACGAUUUGCAUUUCGCACAUCUGUUCCUUGGAAUAGCUUUCGAGGAUGAAAAACGAUUUGAUGAUGCUCUUCACCAAUAUGAAGUGUCUUUUUCAAAAAGAGAAUCUUUUUCCUCAGCUCUGUGUCGGACAUACUUGAUGAAAAAAUACAUCCAGUCCUGUUGUCCUGUGUCUGAAGCUGCUCUCGAUUAAGACUUGAUGAUUUUUAAGCGCUAAGCGUAGCUUAAGCGCUUAUUGCCCCCAGUUGGAUUUUGCUUUCGUCAUCAUGUUUCCGGUUUAUCGCCACCUAUAGACGAAUUCAUGCAUCGCUGUAGUCAAGUCGUGUUUAAAGUAGUCGUAAUUUUGCAACCGAUCUAGUACGGGGAUAACAUUCAUAUCUGCAGUUGCAUCCCCCCCCCCCGGAAAUACAGUUCGUUGAACAGUGAAUAAAAUAUGUAUAAAAAGGGUGA